CGGCCUCUCGCUGCCAUGUGGGGCCCCCCACUUCGCCUCAUCCGCCGCGCCCUCGUCUUCCCUCCACUAACCUCCACCACCUCCCGCGGCGGAAUCCUCUCGCUGCAGAUUCCACCGCGGCCUCUCCUCCCAUAUAAAAACCCCACCCAGCUCGAGCUCCCGCGCUUCACCGGCGCCGCCAUGCCGCUCCUCCUCCUCGCCGCCGCGCGCCCGUGCGCCCCGCUCCUCGCUCCCUCCGCCGCCGGAGCAGUAGUAGGCCGGCCGUCCACCGCCCGCCCACUGGGACGAGGGACCAGGAGAGGCGCGGGCGCGGCGGCGGCGGCUGCGGUGGCGGCGGAGAAGACGGUGGUGAAGGCGGAGGAGGAGGAGGAGGGUGGGGGAGAGUACGACGCGAUCGUGGUGGGGUCGGGGAUCGGGGGGAUGGUGGCGGCGACGCAGCUGGCGGCGAAGGGGGCGAGGGUGCUGGUGCUGGAGAAGUACGUCAUCCCCGGGGGGAGCUCCGGGUACUACCGCCGCGACGGGUUCACCUUCGACGUCGGCUCCUCCGUCAUGUUCGGCUUCUCCGACAAGGGGAACUUGAAUUUGAUUACACAAGCACUAGAAGCAGUUGGGCAUAAGAUGGAAGUUAUACCGGAUCCUUCUACGGUUCAUUUCCACCUACCUGGUGACCUCUCAGUUCUUGUGCAUAGAGAGUAUGAUGACUUCGUCACGGAGCUGGUUAAUAAAUUUCCUCAUGAAAAGGAAGGAAUCCUGAAAUUCUAUGGCACAUGUUGGAAGAUCUUCAAUUCAUUAAAUUCUUUGGAGCUGAAGUCCCUUGAGGAGCCUCUAUAUCUUUUUGGGCAAUUUUUUCAAAAGCCUCUGGAAUGUUUGACGCUAGCUUAUUAUCUGCCACAGAAUGCUGGGGAUAUUGCUCGCAAGUUCAUAAAAGAUCAGCAGUUACUCUCCUUCAUAGAUGCUGAGUGCUUUAUUGUGAGCACAGUCAAUGCCUUGCAAACACCCAUGAUUAAUGCAAGCAUGGUCUUGUGCGAUAGGCACUUCGGGGGAAUUAACUAUCCAGUUGGUGGUGUUGGUGGUAUUGCUAUGUCCUUGGCAGAUGGGCUUGUUGACAAAGGCAGUGAAAUACGCUACAAGGCUAAUGUGACCAAUGUAAUUUUAGAAAAUGGCAAAGCUGUUGGAGUCAGGUUAUCAAAUGGGAAGGAGUUCUUUGCUAAAACAGUGAUAUCGAAUGCUACCAGAUGGGAUACAUUUGGUAAACUCUUGAAAGUUGAAGAGCUUCCAGAAGAGGAGAAAAACUUCCAAAAGAAUUAUGUUAAAGCACCAUCAUUCCUUUCCAUUCAUAUGGGUGUCAAAGCCUCAGUUUUGCCUGCUGAUACUGAUUGCCACCAUUUUGUACUUGAGGAUGACUGGGCUAAUUUGGAGAAGCCUUAUGGAAGCAUAUUUUUAAGUAUCCCUACAGUGCUUGACCCAUCCUUGGCUCCCGAAGGACACCAUAUACUUCAUAUUUUUACAACUGCAGGGAUAGAGGAUUGGGAAGGUCUGUCCAGGAAGGAUUAUGAGAAGAAAAAGGAGCUUGUGGCGACAGAGAUAAUAAAGAGGCUUGAAAAAAAGCUGUUCCCUGGUCUUCAGGAUUCAAUAGUCCUCAAGGAGGUAGGCUCACCAAAAACACACCGAAGAUUUCUUGCGCGAAAUGAUGGUACAUAUGGACCCAUGCCACGGGGUAAACCAAAGGGAUUGCUAGCAAUGCCUUUCAAUACUACUUCAAUAGAUGGCUUGUACUGUGUUGGCGACAGCUGUUUUCCUGGGCAAGGUGUAAUUGCUGUGGCAUUUUCAGGGAUCAUGUGUGCUCAUCGAGUUGCAGCUGAUAUUGGACUGGAACAAAGAUCUCCUGUACUAGAUGCGGGUCUUCUUGGGCUCCUCAGAUGGUUGAGAACGCUUGCUUAGGAUGAUACGGACAAAGAUUUGGUUGACCGUCGAUUGAUUUUACGAUUACAGAAAAACACCUUCUCACACAUGUCAUGGUCAUUGCACAUUUGUUUUGGUGAGCCAUACAUGGAUCAAGCAGCAGUUUUUGCCUCUUGGGAUCUUGCUUCUGCCUGGUAUAUACAAGAGGUUGGAUUUUCAGCUGCAGUGAUCCCUGAAAAGCUGAAGCUUCCUGGAAUAAUUGUACAGAUUUCAGUUGUUAUUUGGGAGCAAAAGGCGUAAAGACUAAUAUGGAUGCAUAUAUGUACCUAGAGCCUUAUACACAUGAUGUAACUUGUUGUAAUCUACUAGUAUCUCCUGUAUGCCCAUGUUGUCAUGUUGACAAUUGAGAGUUACAAACAUGCAGCUGUACAUGAUGUGUAAGCCUUAACAGAACAAAGUCAGAUACACCUGCAGCCUUCUGAAGAUUGAGGAGCGUUCUUCCUCCUAAUGUUACGAAGCAAAUUAAACUAAGUAAAACCUAUGUACAAGGCAAAGGCAUGUACUUCUGUAAUUGGCCAAAAGAAAAUACGUAGUACUUUUGUAAUUGGUCGAAAGAUACUAAUGUUGCCUGCAUUUAAAAGAGAAUGGAGGUAUUUUAGCUAA